UGCCACUGCACCACCCUCUCGCCGCCGCCGCCAUGCCGUCGCUUGGAAUCGCGUCGCUGCUCGACGGGUACUUCCGGCGACGCUUCGCCGCGGCGGGCCUCGUCCAGGAGUCCGUCCCGCUGGACGGCGGCGCCACGACGGUGCAAGGCUGGCGGUUCCCGCCGGGGGCGAGCGAGGAGCUGCCCGUGCUCGUCCUCCUCCACGGCUUCGGCCCGCUGGCGACGUGGCAGUGGCGGCGGCAGGUGGGCCCGCUCUCCCGCCUGUUCCGCCUCGUCGUGCCGGACCUCCUCUUCUUCGGCGGCUCCGGCACCGCGGCCGCGGGCGCGCGCUCGGAGUCGCACCAGGCCGAGGCCGUGGCGGGGCUCGUCGCCGCGGUCGUCCAGCCCGGGACCCGCGUGUCGGUCGCCGGCACCAGCUACGGCGGCUUCGUGGCCUACCACGUAGCGAGGCUGCUUGGCCCUGCCGCCGUGGCGCGGGUGGUGAUCGCGAGCUCCGACCUGCUCAAGGCCGACGCCGACGACCGCGCCCUGCUCCUCCGCGGCGGCGCCGCGCGCGUCGAGGACGUGAUGCUCCCCAGCUCCCCGGAGCGGAUGCGCCGGCUGCUCGACCUCGCCUACCACCGCCCCCGCCGCUUCAGCUUCACCCCGUCCUUCGUUCUCCGCGACCUCGCCCAGUAUCUCUACACCGACAGAAUAGAAGAGAAGAAAGAGCUCAUCAAGGGGAUAACCCUUGGAGAUAUAGACAAAUUCCAGCUCACUCCACUUCCCCAGGAAGUUCUUGUGUUGUGGGGAGAGCAUGAUCAGAUUUUUCCCAUAGAGAAGGCAUUCAAAGUAGCAAGGAAACUUGGUGCAAAUGCUAGGUUGGAAAUCCUGAAGAACACUGGCCAUAUGCCACAGGAGGAGGACUCGAAAAAGUUCAAUGAGGCCCUCCUGAACUUCCUUCUACCAGCUCCAAAUUCGUCUCUGUGAUAAUGGGAUAUCAGUGCCCAGUUUCUUGAGCGUCUAUCUGCGAAAAACACUUGAUAUAGCUUAAGCUGUACAUUGUCUUCUGGCGGUUGGUAAAAAUUGUACCUUCGAGAUAAAAACGGAGAAGAUAAUAUGUAGUAUAUGCACUGUUUCUUGUAGUGAUAUUCUGAACUGAUGAACUGUUCCAUGUGCUAAGUACUAAGUACUAACCACUAAGGUUAUACAAGGGGUCGUUGUUUGACUUUUUUAAGUGAAAAGCUAAACGUCAUAUUUACAA